AUGAAUCCUCUUCGUAUGAUUCAACCUUUCGACUUAUCUCACUACCAACUUCCUUCCACAUCCAAUACAGAGCUUUCGAGUCCUGUUCAAGUUCAGAUCUCUCACGAUCGUGCAAGUCUUGUCGAAGAUGAUAGACAGUCUUCUACUUUCUCAUUAUCUCCGCCUCAGACUAUGCAAAACAGUCAUUCAGCACCUCCAACAGCCGCACCCUAUCAGCCAUCAUUUGCAUUUAACCUAAAUGAUCAAAGACAAAAUGAGUUCAAGCUAACUAUGGAGACACAACAACCUCAACCUCAAGUUUGGCCUGGUAAAGCCUUCAAUACCCAAACCUACGAAACCCCUUACCAAUCUCUUCGAUCAGUGUCAAGUUACUCUCAACAUGUCCAUUCUCACUCUACACCAUUGGUGUACCCCACUUCUUAUCAGCCAUUCAGUAAUUCAUAUGUAUCACAGUCAUCUACUCCAUUUCAAUACUCUGAUUCGCAUUCCCACUCACAGUCCUCAUCUUUGCCUGUUCCAUUGCCUACGCAAUUGAAAGAGUAUAGCGGUCAAUCUCUUCCGCUUCCACUUCAGAGAGGACAAUCGACAGACUAUACCCUUCCGGAAGGGCAAUGGGAAAGCAAUGCCCCUUACCCACAGCCAGUUCAUCAGAGUCCUGACGAGAAUGUACAAGUCAAAUCGUCAAAGAAGAAUGAAAAAACAAUCAAAUGCAGAAAGCACAUUUGCCCUGUCUGCGAUAAAAGAUUUAAUAGACCUAGUUCUCUGAAUACGCACAUGUCGGUGCAUACGGGGGCCAAACCCUAUAUCUGUACAAGACCGGAUUGUCAAAGAAGGUUUUCUGUAUCCUCCAACUUGCGACGACAUGAAAGAACUCACGACUCACGAGCAGGAAAAGAACGACAAUUCAACCUGGCCAUUCAAUCGUCUCGAUCGCUUCAAUUCCAGAACCAGCCUCAUCCUCAACUUCAGUCCCAACCUCUCUUCACUCAGCCUGACCAGAACGGUGGUCCUUUCAUGUACAAUUACUACCAGCCUUUUCCAUCAUCAGGAUACAUGACCUCAGAUCAACUGCCACCUCCACCACUGGAAUAUGCCACUUCCGCAUCAUCAUCUGGUUCAAUCGGAUCAACCGUCGACUAUGGUGGGAUAAGUGGAUUAGCCCAAUAUCAGAUAGUCAACAGGGAUAAAGGAUUCGGUGUUGCUGACAUGCCUAGGAAAGUGUUAGCGGGUUGGGAUGCUGUAAAUGAGGAAAUGGACACGAAAGCCGGGCUGCUGCUUACAUGA